CAACCCCUGUCAUCCACCACGUGACCGUGUAGGGCGCGAAGAGCGAACGGGUCCGGCUUAUUGAUCCGCAGCAUCCCGCGAGUACGCGUCGUCCUGUCCGCGCCGAAUCUUUGCCGCGGAGGACACACGGGGCGAAGGCGAACCGCCGCCGUCAGACCGCGUUCAGUCAGACAACGUGCUCGCCUAAGACCAGCCAGCCAGCCAGCCACCGACCACCCGCCGCCGCCAUGGAGGACGAGCCCAAGAAGGAGGACGAGAUCACCCUCAAGCCGAAGAUGACGCUCAUCAACGGGGUGACCGUCAUCGUCGGCAGCAUCAUCGGCUCCGGCAUCUUCGUAUCGCCGUCCGGCGUGCUCAAGCACACCGGAAGCGUCAACGUCAGUCUCAUCGUGUGGACUGUUUCCGGAAUUUUUUCCAUGGUUGGUGCGUACUGCUACGCUGAACUGGGAACCAUGAUCAGAAAGAGCGGCGCCGAUUACGCUUACAUAAUGGAGACUUUCGGCCCGUUCGUGGCCUUCAUCCGUCUCUGGAUCGAGUGCAUGAUAGUGAGACCCUGUUCCCAAGCCAUAGUGGCACUCACCUUCAGCCAGUAUGUUAUGAAGCCCUUCUUCCCCGAAUGCGACGCUCCCGAUAAUGCUGCAAGACUACUGGCGGUCUGGUGUAUUUGUGUUUUAACAUUCAUAAAUUCCUACGACGUGAAGUGGGCGACUUGGGUCCAAGACAUCUUCACGUACGCCAAACUCCUGGCAUUGUUUAUCAUUAUUGCUGCCGGAGGUUACCAACUGGCCCUUGGUCACACGGAGCACUUUUCAUUCAUCAACACAAAGAGCGAAGUCACAUCUCUGGCUUUAUCAUUCUAUUCCGGCCUGUUCGCCUACAAUGGCUGGAAUUACUUGAAUUUUAUCAUCGAAGAACUGAAAGAUCCAGUCAGGAAUCUGCCUUUAGCCAUAGCAAUAUCAUGUACACUAGUUACAAUAGUCUACGUGUUGACCAACGUUGCCUUCUACACGACCUUAGCACCCAUCGAAAUCUUGGGAUCCAAAGCUGUGGCGGUCACAUUCGCCAACCAAUUGUUCGGACCAUUUGCCUGGACCAUACCAGUGUUCGUUGCCAUGUCCACCUUUGGAGCAGUCAAUGGAAUCCUCCUCACCUCCUCCAGGUUAUUCUACUCGGGCGCCUGCAACGGUCAAAUGCCCGAGCUAUUGACCAUGAUCCAGUCCCAAAGAAUGACGCCAGCACCUUCAGUAUUAACAAUGGCAUUGUUAUCGAUGUUGUACCUGACAGUGUCAGACAUCGAAGCUCUAAUUAACUACGUAGGAUUUGCCACAUGGCUGAGCAUUGGAGUGGCAGUGCUGUGUUUGCCUUGGCUUAGAUGGAAACAACCGGACCUGGAACGGCCCAUAAAAGUUAGCUUGUUCUGGCCCAUCCUGUAUUUGCUGUGCACCAUAUUCGUGACGGUGGUUCCAAUGGUGGCCAGUCCUUACGAAACUGGAACUGGUUGUCUAAUGAUUCUGUCAUCGGUGCCGGUUUAUUUCGUUUUCAUCCACUGGAAGAACAAACCCCUUUGGUUCCAAAGAGGCAUCAACAAUACGACGAUGUUCCUGCAAAAGCUCCUGGUUGUGGUUGGCAAGUCGAAGGCUGCGAAGUUAUAGACAUAUCGUAUGGGCUCUAAUCUUCACUGCCUAUUGUAAAGAAAAUUAGUGUAAAAAGUUAAAUUUAAGCCAAAGAUCAAUUUUAGAGUUAAAUGUGUACAGGCAGGCUAGUUUUCUUUUACAAUAAGCUUAAGAACUUGGUCGCCUACAUCGACAAUAAUUGUUUGUAAGCAUAAAAAAGUACCUCAUGUAGAAAUAAACAUGUUACGAAAUAUUA